CUGGAUUGAUAAAUAAAUAAAUAAACACUUUCUUUAUUCUGUGUUUUUUCUUGGUUUGGAAUUUUCAAAUAUUUAUGCGUGAACUUUUCACAUAUUAUAUAGUGACUACUACUUACUUAGAGUCCUUAUACGUUGAAUAAUCGUUAAGCCUUGUGAGUAUUUGACCGUUUUUUUGUGACACAAUGAGCUCAGUUCAUGCUGUUUCAGUCCUUCUCUUGUUUCUGCUCUUGCAUCUUUCUAAUUCUCGCCACCUCGACAACGUUCACAUCACAGAUUCUCAGAUUUCGCUUGACAAGGAUCAAAAUGUUGUCCCCGGUUUGACAUCUAAAGAACCGGUUAGAGUAUCUCGGUUUGUGCCGGGCGUAAAGAAGAACCGCCAUCACCGCCCGCCGCUCUUAUUUGCAGAUUACCCGAAGCCUUCCACUCGGCCUCCACGCCAUAACUGAAACCUCUCUCUUUUGUUUUUUCAACUUUAUAAUUUUUUUUGUACGUGAGAGAGUAAAUAGGUUCGGUUCUUAACAAUUUUCUUAAUAUGUUUUCAGUGUGGAAUAUGUUUUUUGAAGUAUAGGUUCAUGUUUUCACAGCUGACAAAAAAUCUAUCUAUUUUCAGUAAGUUUCCCAAAAGAGACGCAUCUAUUUAGCUACGUCACAAAUUUGACGAUCUGGUCCAUUUAAUGUCCAACCAAUAUUGGUCCAUUUACAAUCUCUUUAUCAGUUUUGUUUCCAGUAUUCAGAUUAUAUUUAUCAAUAUCAUGAUUGUCCACAACAUGGAUGAUAUAUCA